AUGACUGCCGUCCAAUUGCCCGAGUUCAGCACGACGCCGGUCGAACAGAUCCCUUCAAUUGUCUCCCGCCUUCGGAGCUCAUUCUUCUCUCAAAAGACUCGCCCUGCAGCCUUCCGACUCCGACAGUUGCGCAAGUUGUACUGGGCAAUUGCUGAUCAUGAAGAAGAACUCUUGGAAGCAUGCAAACGAGACUUGGGCAAGGGCAUCUUUGAAGCGAUGGUCUCCGAGAUCGAGUGGGUGAAGAACGAUAUAUGCUUUAUGACCCAGAACCUAGAGAGAUGGAUGAAGGAUGAGAAGCCGGAAGACAUGGCAUGGACUCACAAAUUCGUGAGUCCCCGGAUACGAAAAGAUCCAUUAGGGGUGGUCCUCGUCAUUGGCGCCUUCAACUUCCCCAUCAAUCUAGCCUUUGGACCUAUGAUUGGAGCCAUUGCUGCGGGAAACACUGUCGUUUUGAAGCCAUCUGAGCAAUGCCCAAACUGCGCCGCCAUGAUGCAAUUGAUCAUGGAAAAGGCUCUCGAUCCCGAAUGUUAUGCGUGUGUUCAAGGUGGCAUACCAGAGACCUCGGCCCUGCUGGAGCAGAACUGGGAUAAGAUCUUCUUUACCGGAUCUGUGAACACGGCGAAAAUAGUUGCGCAGGCGGCGGCAAAGAACCUGACCCCGGUUGCCCUGGAACUUGGUGGGAAGAACCCUGCUAUCGUAACCAAGAAGGCGGAUGUGCAAUUGGCUGCUCGGCGGCUGUUAUGGGCCAAGACAAUGAAUGCAGGUCAGGUGUGUAUCAGUCAAAAUUACAUCUUGGUUGACAAGGAAGUGGCUCCCACCUUGAUCACGGAGCUCAAGGCCGCCAUGAAGGAGUUUUUCCCCAGCGGCGCCAAACAGAGCCCCGACUAUUCCAGGAUUGUCAAUCUCCGAGCAUUCAACCGGAUCAAGAAGAUGCUGGACUCUACUUCGGGAAAAAUAGUGGCUGGGGGCACAAUGGAUGCUGACCAGCUGUUCAUCGAGCCCACUGUCAUUGAAGUCUCGGAUCCUAAAGACCCUCUGAUUGUGGAGGAGUCUUUUGGGCCACUCAUCCCUGUCCUACCUGUGGAUAACCUGGACCAAGCUAUCAGCAUCGCCAACGAGACUCACGCAACGCCGUUGGGAGUUUAUGCUUUUGGAUCCAAGGCUGAGACUGACAGGGUACUUGCGGAGACCCGGUCCGGCGGCGCCAGCAUCAAUGAUGGCUUCUUCCAUGGUGUGAUCCCGACUCUUGCCUUUGGCGGGGUGGGGGACUCGGGUACUGGCGCGUAUCGUGGAAAAGCGUCUUUCGACUGCUUCACGCAUCGUCGAUCCAUCACCAAGACGCCCAACUGGAUGGAGAAGUUACUGGCGGUCAGGUAUCCGCCUUUCGAUGGCACCAGCAAGCUCAAGCAGUAUCGCGCGAUGGGGAUUCUGAAACCAGAUUUCGACCGAGACGGGAGGCAGAAGAUCGGACUCUUGUGGUAUCUGAUCACGUUGGGGUCGGGAAGUGCGUCCAAGGGCGCACUUCGAGCAGCGUUGAUCGCUGGCAUCUAUUUGGCCCUGAGGGCACUAAUGGAAGGUAGAAUAUGGAAGGGUUUGAAAGGAUGA